CAAAAAAAUGCAUUUGAUGAUAGAUCUAUAUCAUUUGCCUUGUUUGUGAUAUAAAUAUUUUUUAUUGUCUAAUUAAAAAAGUAACAAAUAACAUAUUUAAUACAAAAAUGGAAGUUCUUGAAUUAAAAGAUGUAAAACCAGUACCUGAUAUUAUUCAUCUUUAUCCAAAUAGAGUAAAAUCCGAAGCAACACCGCUUGUAAUUGAUAAUGGAUCGUACAAUUGUAGAGUUGGUUGGGCUACUGAGAAAGAACCUCAAUUAGUAUUUAAAAAUCUUAUCGCUAAACCACGCAAAGAACGUGGUAAAAAGGAUGGUGAACCUCAGGUUGGAAAUGAUAUAACUAAUAUUGAAGCUGUUAGAUUUCAAUUAAAAACACAAUUUGAUCGAAAUGUAGUUACACAUUUUGAAGCUCAAGAACAGAUAUUUGAUUAUACUUUUACUCAUAUGGGAAUAGAUACGGAAGGUGCAGUGAAUCAUCCUAUAAUUUUAACAGAAGCAUUUCUUAAUCCUAAUUAUUCAAGAAAUUUAAUGGCGGAACUUUUAUUUGAAUGUUAUAAUGUACCUGCAAUAGCUUAUGGAGUGGAUUGUUUAUUUUCUUAUCAGCAUAAUAAUUGUCCGUCUGAUGGUUUAAUAAUUAGUAUUGGAUAUCAUACUACACAUAUAAUACCUAUACUAGAUGGUAAAGCAGACCCUGUAAAUUCAAGAAGAAUUAAUGUUGGUGGAUACCACAUUACAUCUUAUAUGCAUAGAUUGCUUCAACUUAAAUAUCCUGUUCAUGUUAAUGCUAUAACACCUAGUCGAGCAGAGGAGUUAAUACAUGAACAUUCAAUGAUAGCUUUAAACUAUCAAGAAGAAACGUCUAAGUGGGCAGAUCCAGAUUAUUAUGAUAUGAACGUAUUAAGAGUACAAUUACCCUAUGUUGCUCCUGCAAAUGCACCUGGUUUAACAGUUGAACAGCAAAAAGAAAGAAAACGGGAAUUAGCUAGAAGAUUAAUGGAAAUCAAUGCUAGAAAAAGAGAAGAAAGAUUAGCAGAAGAUGAAGAACAAUUAAAUCAAUUAUUAGCCGUUCAAGAUUUAUUAGAAGAAGGUGAAACAGAUGAAUUCGAUCAAGCAUUAAAAACUUACUCUCUCGCAAACGAAGCAGAUUUAAUAAAAAUGAUUAAUAAUUUGCAAGCAAAAGUAGAAAGAACUAGGCAAAAAAUAGUAGCGGCUAAUUCACAGGAGGAAAACAUCGCAAUGGAAGAACAAAAACCAAAAAUAAAAUCCAGUCUACAACCUAAAGAUCAACAAGAUUUUGACGAAUGGAUCGCUAGUGUACGAAAGAAAAGGCAAGAAAUAUUAGAAAGACGAAUGGCUAAAAGACAACGUAGACAAGAUAUGGCAAAACGUAGAACAGCAGCCGCACAGGAAAGAAUGCGCAUAAUAAGUCAAUUAGCAAGAAAAGAAAAACGCGAUGAUGAUUUUGGUAUGAGAGACGAAGAUUGGGAUGUUUAUAAAGUUAUAAAUAGGGAAGGUGGAGACUCAGAUUCAGAAGUAGAACAAGAAAAACUUAUGGAAUUGGAAGAUGUGUUACGACAUCAUGAUCCAGAAUUUGACGGUGCUGGAUCUAAUGUCCCUAUGGUUCCUGGAGAAACUCAUCAAUUACAUGUGGGAGUGGAACGUUUGAGAGCACCAGAAAUAUUAUUUCAACCAUCUAUGAUAGGUUCCGUGGAAGCAGGCAUUGCAGAAACAAUCGAAUUCGUUUUGAAGCUUUAUCCAUCCGAACAGCAAUCACGAUUGGUAGGAAAUAUAUUUCUUACUGGAGGUCCAACGAAAUUUCCUGGUUUACUUGAAAGAUUGAAUCGAGAACUUCGUGAAAUGCGACCAUUUGGAUCAAAUUUUCAAAUAAAUAUUGCAAAAAAUACCAGCAUAGACGCAUGGUAUGGCGCAAGGGAUUUUGGUCUAAAUGGAAAUCUUCCUGAAUUUUUAGUAAGCAAAAAAGAAUACGAAGAAAAAGGUGGUGAAUAUUUUAAGGAACAUUCGACCAGUAAUACUUACACUCGAUCUCCUGAUCCUUUACCUACGGUACAGACUCCUGUAACAUCAGAGCAAGUGAUAGUAGAAGAUGCUGUUGUAGACGUUGAAAUGGAAUAAAAAAAAGAAAACAGUUUUAUAUUAAUCAUUAUAGAAUAAAAUUUAUUUAAACGUAA